GUUUUGUACUAAUUUUACUGUGAUCCCAUUGUAAUUAUUGGAACCAAUGAUUCAUGUUCCCGAACUCUAUUAAUCAAGCUACAUGAUAUUAACUGCCUCCUAAUCCAAAGGGCAUCGUCACUAACACAAUCCCAUCUUCAUCUGCAAAUGGAAAACGGAAUCAAGUCGGAGACGCGGAUUUUGUGAAUGGAUCCGCCGAUGGCCGCUUCUCCCACGGCAUCGUCCACCAGGGCCACUAGUUCUUGGCUUUCCGGUAUUGUCCGGGGCCGCUCAAAGAGCGUUCCAAAUAAUUCGACCGCUUCCGCCCACACCGACUCCGUUAACGACUCGCCUAUUACUAAGAAAAAGCAGUUCCGUGGAGUCAUGUUUAAGUACGGCCCCAAUUCUAUCCAGGUAGCUUUCAAGACUGGUGACUAUAAGCAACAAGUUAUUUUUAUAGGCGGACUAACAGAUGGAUUUUUGGCUACAGAGUAUUUGGAGCCUUUGGCGAUUGCUUUGGAUAAAGAGAAAUGGUCACUUGUUCAAUUUCUUCUUUCAUCUUCUUAUAGUGGAUAUGGGACCUCAAGCUUGAAACAAGAUGCCGUAGAGCUUGAUCAGCUGAUAAGUUACUUGAUAAACAAGGAAGAUUCUGAGGGUGUGGUACUUCUUGGACACAGUACUGGAUGUCAGGACAUCGUGUAUUACUUGCGCACCAAUGCUGCAUGUUCUAGAGCUGUUCGUGCCGCCAUUUUGCAGGCUCCUGUUAGUGACCGGGAAUACAGAGCGACUCUACCUGAUACUGCUUCAAUGAUUGAUUUGGCCUCAAAGAUGAUAAGUGAAGGUCGGGGUUCAGAACUAAUGCCACGGGAAGCAAACCCAGAUGCACCUAUAACUGCAUACAGAUAUCACUCUCUGAGUGCUUACAAUGGUGAUGAUGACUUGUUCAGUUCGGACCUCAGUGAUGAUCAGCUGAAACAAAGACUUGGGCACAUGGUUAGCACACCUUGUCAGGUGAUCUUUUCCAUGGGAGACGAGUACGUUCCGGAUUAUGUAGACAAGAAAGCAUUAGUUGAUAGGUUAUGUAGAGCAAUGGGUGGGGCUGAAAAGGCUGAGAUUGAGUACGGAAACCAUUCUUUAUCAAACAGAGUAGGAGAAGCUGUUGAAGCUAUCAUGAAUUUCGUCAAGAGAGAUGGCCCUAGUGGGUGGGACGACCCUUGGACAUAAUACCUGUUCUCACUUCUUGCACCCCCACCCCUACCCCCAUCACUUAUUUUUGCUUUUCUUGUUUUUUUUUCCAAUUCUUUUACUGCUGUUUCACUUAUGUAUUUUCUUAUACCUUCAUUUGUUUUUGAAAGUAUCUGUAAAUCAUCACAACCUACAAGCUUGUUUGGGACAUGUUUCAAGUUCAUAGGCUCCAAGAAAAUAAUUGUUUGGGGAAUUUGUUCCCUGCUAAAACUAUUUUCCUUGGAUAUAAGUUCUAUGUAAUAUAAUGUUGAUGAAGUAUUAACUCCUAGAGAGAAGUGAGAGCUAGAGAGAUAAGUGCGGUAAAUGUUUUGUAUUAAUAA